ACAGACCCCAUCCUACCCUUUACGAUUUCCUUUCAAAGCCCUAGAUAGUCCAAUCCGAUCCAAUCGCGCAGUGCGGGGCAAAAUGAGUAGUGAUGCGCAGGUGAAGGAGGCAACGCGUGCGUACCAAAACGCGAAGGCGGAGGGGAACCGGCAGGAGGAGGCGAGGUGGGCGAAUUUUAUCGGCAACAUCUUCAAGAACAGAGGAGAAUACGUGAAGGCACUCAAGUGGCUGAGGAUCGAUUACGAUGUCUCAACCAGGUGCUUACACGAGAAGCAGUUGUUAGCCACCUGCCAGUCCCUUGGAGAGGUAUAUCUCCGCCUUGGAUCCUUCAAGGAUGCCUUGAUUUAUCAGAAGAAGCAUCUAGAGCUUGCCAAGGAUUCCAGCGACCUCGUUGAGCAGCAAAGGGCCAGCACCCAACUCGGUCGUACCUACCAUGAAAAGUUUCUAAAAUGCGAGGAUGACCACAAUGCAGUUCACAGUGCCAAAAAUUAUUUCAAGUCUGCCAUGAAGCUAGCUCAGAUUCUGAAGGAGAGCCCUCCUACAAGUAAAUCUUCUUUCAUCAAAGAGUACAUUGAUGCGCAUAAUAAUGUUGGAAUGCUUGAAAUGGAUCUCGAUAACUUGGAAGAGGCAAAGAAAGUUCUCACUAAAGGAUUGGAAAUCUGCGAUGAAGAAGAGGUGGGUGAAGAUGAUGCUGGGCGUAGUAGGCUUCAUCACAAUCUUGGAAGCGUUUUCAUGGAGCUGAGGAUGUGGGAUGAAGCUCGGAUGCACAUCGAGAAGGACAUCAUAAUAUGUAAACGAAUUGGGCAUUGCCAAGGUGAGGCAAAGGGGUAUAUUAAUCUUGGAGAAUUGCAUUACAGAGUUCAAAAAUAUGAGGAGGCCAAUCUUUGUUACCAGAAGGCACUUGAUCUGGCGAAAUCUAUGGAAGAUGAAGAUGCCUUAGUUGAACAAAUCAAUAAAAACAUUGAAAUUGUAGAAGAAGCCACUAAAGUAAUGGAUGAAUUGAAAAAAGAAGAGCAGAAACUUAAAAAGCUGACAAGAAAUGUGGCUAAUGCAAGAGGCACGCCACAUGAAAGGAAAUGUCUGCUGCAGCAAUAUGCGUCUCUUGAUCGUCUCAUUGAGAAAUCAAGUAUAAUCCUUGCAUGGUCUAAGCAUUGUGAAUUUGCGAAGGCGAAGAAGAAGAUAGCAACCAAACUAUGUGACCAGGAAAUACUGGGUGAUUCGUUUUUGAUAGUUGGGGAAUCAUAUCAGAAACUCAGAAAUUUCAAGAAAGCCUUUAAAUGGUUCAUGAAGAGUUGGGAAAAAUACAUGUUAAUUGGGAACUUAGAGGGUCAAGCAUUAGCUAAAAUUAAUAUUGGUGAUGUUUUGGACUAUGAUGGUGAUUGGGAUGGAGCUUUACAUGCCUUUGAAGAAGGCUACAGUAUUGCCGUCAAAGCUGAUCUUCCUUCUGUUCAACUUUCUGCACUGGAGAAUAUGCACUAUAGCCACAUGAUAAGAUUUGACAACAAUGAAGAGGCCAGGAGGCUGCGUCUUGAGAUUGACAAUCUGAAGCAGUUAGAACAUCGGAAAAUCAAAUCAAAAAAUGUGGCAAAGGACUUCUGUUCCGAGACUGAGACAGAAGGUGAUGAUCGUUUGUCUGAUAAUGAGUCCAGUGCAGCCUGCUCACCGGAUUCUAGCAAAUCCAGUUCAAGUAGAUCAAAAUCUUUAUGCAGUGUAGACGAGGUUAAAGAUGAUGUACCAUUGAUUUCACUGGUUCGAUCCAAUAAACAUUCAUCCAAAAUGAAAGCUAUUCAUUCAGAAAAGGCGAAUGCUUCUACCAAGUCGAGUGCAACUUCACUGCAAAAUUUGCCUAAAGAACUUCAUAAUCAGCAGACGGCUGUUGGCCGUAAACGUGUUCGUAUUGUCCUUUCCGAUGAUGAGAGUGAAAUGCAUGAUGAAGGGAUGUGUUUGAGUGGAAGAUCUUGCCGAAUGGCAACACAGGAUGCUACUUCUGAUGAAUUUAAGUCUCUAAACAAUCCAGCGAGUGCCACAUAUAGAUUUCUGGGCAUCUCAGCAGUUGAAUCUAAACACACUACUAGUUCGAGCAAUCUCAAUAAUAUUGAAGAAAGUGCUUUCUCGUACAAAUCUAGGAGCCCUAAAGUAGCCACCCCAAGUGACAAACGUCUUGCCGUCCAUCUUGAGUUGCAAAAUGCGGAUAAUUCUAAUGAUAUAUUUAUAACGUUCAAUAUUGACAAUGAGCUCAUAAAUGUACAAAUGGGUGACAAGCUAAGCAUUGGGUCUAUGAAGAUUGAGCUGGCUUGCUUAUAUUACUUACAACUUCCUGCCCAAAAGAGAUCAAAGGGUCUCUUGCCUAUCAUUCAUCAUAUGGAAUAUGGCGGAAUAGCUAUAGAAUCCCCAGAAGCGUUUGAAAUGCUAAAGGACCAUUUGGGGAAUAUGUUGGUCCAAGUUUUUGUUGAUGGAUGGGUCCAAAAAAGGUUAAUGAAGCUUUAUAUUGACUGCUGUGAAGAGUUAUCUGAGUCACCUAACCUUAAGUUGCUUAAGAAAUUAUACAUCUCGGAGGUUGAGGAUGAAGUUGUUGCUUCUGAAUGUGAAUUGCAAGAUAUAUCUAUAGCUCCACUACUGAAGGCCUUGCAUGCACACAAGACGGUUGCCAUGCUAGACGUUUCUCACAAUUUGUUAGGAAAUGGAACAAUGGAGAAACUUCAACAAUUGUUCAAGUCAGGACAAAAGUACGGCGACUUAACUUUGGAUUUGCAUUGCAAUCGAUUUGGCCCAACUGCUUUGUUUCAGAUUUGUGAAUGCCCUGCACUCUUCACUCGACUGGUAGUGCUCAACAUCUCUGGGAAUCGUCUCACUGAUGGAUGUGGAUCGUAUCUAGCAGCAAUUUUGGAAAAUUGCAAAGCCCUUUAUAGCUUGAAUAUAGAACACUGUUUCAUCACUUCUCGAACAAUUCAAAAGAUUGCUGGUUCACUGGAUUCUGGAUCCGAAUUGGCACAGCUUUGUAUAGGAUAUAACAAUCCUAUAUCUGGAAAUGCUAUUAUUAAUCUAUUAGCUAAAUUGGCUACUUUAAAAAGUUUUGCAGAACUGAAUCUGAACGGUCUAAAGCUAGGUGCGGCUGUUGUUGAUAGCCUUUGCCUGCUUGCUAGAACAUCAUGUUUGUCACAAUUAAGGCUGGCCUGCUCUGGUAUAGGAACUGAUGGUGCAUUACAAUUAACUGAAUCAUUGUUCAGUGGGACUCAAGAUUCUGUUAAGCUCGACCUUUCUUUUUGUGGAUUGACUUCCACUUACUUUCAUAAACUUACUGCCAAUGUUAAUUUGAUUUCUGGCAUCCUUGAGCUGAACCUUGGAGGAAAUACAGGCAUGGAAGAGGGUACAAAUGCACUCGUGUCUCUGCUUAUGAACCCAAAAUGUUGUCUAAGAGUUUUGGUCGUAAACAAUUGUCAGCUGGGGCUUACCGGGGUUUUUCAAAUACUUCAGGCACUAGCAGAGAAUGAUUCUCUAGAGGAGCUGAAUCUUGCUGAUAACACCAACUUGGGCAAGCAUCAUCCUGUGCAUGUGCAGAAUGACCCGUCAACAAAAGAAAGCUUAGAUUUCCUACAGCCUAACUUAAAUGUAUCCGAGUCUCAAAAGUUGAGCGCACCUAAGGAAGUUCAAUCUGAUGUGCCAGGUCCAUGCGUCUUAAACAGUGACUGCAAUAUGCUUGAGGUUGCUGAUAGUGAAGAUGAUCAUAUCAGGGAAGAAGCCGCUGCAUCCGGAUAUGAAGACAGCUGCACCAGCUCUUGCCAAAGGAAUUCAUCUCCAGAGUGUAAAUUCAUGCAACGACUUGCAACUGCCAUUGGCAUGUCAAAGAAGUUGCAGUUCUUGGAUAUGAGCAACAAUGGGUUCUCAGAACAAUUUGCCGAUGCAAUAUAUAAUGCAUGGUCAUCAAGGCUGAGAGCUGGUUUUGCUUGGAGGCAUAUCAAAGAUGAAAUAUUCCAUUUAUCAACCGAGGCGAAUAAGUGCUGCCUGGUAAAACCCUGCUGCAGAAAGGAUUGACUUGCUGCCUAAACAGUCUUCGACAGCUUAGUGGGCCUGGCCAAGCAUAGCAUGGGCUUUGGAUAAAUCAUUUGGCCCGAGGAUCAUCCAUUGUCAAUACGUGGUGUAUCCACCGUUUUCGUGAUAACCCUAUGAAAAUAUAUUGUUGAGGGAGGAGCACCUCGGUGGAAGUAGAACUUGUGACUCAACCAAUUGAGCUACACCUCUUUGAUUCUUUUAAAGUAAAACUAAAUAUAUGUUUAAAAACACAUAGUUCACAUCAAAAUUAACAGCUAGCACUAGUUUAAUAUGUGAUAAACGAAAACUUUUCAGUUUUAGGUGGUGGAAUCAUGAGAUCCCACCAAAUGACCCUUUUGAGGUUCCA